CGCAGUGCCCAGUGGCUUGGUUUGGAGCCAUUGAGCACAAUGGCCAGCGGCGCGACUAGUGCUUAGCUUAACCUUGAGGUGGAAAGCUUUCUUAGCUAGAGGCCCAAUUGGUCCUUUCAUUGCUGAACGAUGGUGGCUGCGAAGGCAGCAUUGAAUUGACUGUAGAACAGCUGAAAGCUUCAUCGGAGCUCAGCAUUGCUUCCAUAGUCUUACAAUCAUGCUGACUGAAGAAUCUGAUGGGUUUGUCUCGUAGAACCGAUCGGUGCAGAUGACUCCAAAGCAAGGCGUAUUUCACGCGCCUUUAUUCACAAGGCUUUAGGGUUCAGCCGAUUAAGAAAGAAAGGAUAGAUUUGGCCGCAACCUAGAAUGCAGGAGCGUGCAAAGUUUUGGAACCAACACUGCACAUUUUAGAAAAAUUGGGGCAUGGGGCGCCCUCCAGUCUAUAAUAUUCUAUCAGAUUAGACAGCAGAAGCACCAGUGUUCAAUUAGUGCUUGUUCAAGAUGGCCGCAACUCAGCCAGGCGCCACCGCCAUGUGCUGGGGCUGCGGUUUAGAAGUCGCCCUUCCAGGCCCUACAGCCACUUUCAAAUGCGGUUGGUGUGGGGCGAUCACUUUGGAGAGGCAACAGCCUAGGAGUGAUCCACGCUGCGUAAAGUGGUUCUGGCUGCGGGACCUGGCGACGUCAUCGGCGCUGGUGCUUUUGAUACUCUUGAUCAUCGGUGGAGGUGUCGCAGCGAUCUUCCCAGUCGUCUUCCCUUCCUUCUCCACCCCCACCUUCUACCUUCACUCUGCCAUUGUCUGCCUCGUCACCUUCAACAUCUUUUUCAACUUUUGGGCGGCUGCCAAGGGAUCCCCCGGAACGGUGCCCCCGCUCCCGUUCGGUUCCGCCAGCCUGGCGCCCCAGGGGGCCUUGGACGACUGCACCUUCUGUGUUCAGUGUGAGCAGCCGAAGCCGAGCAGGGCGCACCAUUGCCGGGCGUGCAGAGCAUGCGUCAUGGGGAUGGACCAUCACUGUCCGUUCAUAGCGAAUUGCGUGGGCGCCGACAACCAGCGCGCCUUCAUGCUGCUGCUCCUGUACGCUAUCCUCGGCUGCACAUACGCAAUGUGCAUGGGCACGUGGGCCCUGUACAAACUGCUGCCAGAACUGACGGCCGUCUCACGCGCUGGCAGGGAGCUGUGGAGCGGCUUCCCGGACAAGAUCCCGACGAUCAGGGACGUUCUAGGGCUGCUUUUGCUGGUUCGAGUCCGGGUUAGCGUCCGGCUAGUUGCUUCGUUCUACCUCACGUUCAUGAGCUUUGGAGUGGUUAUUGGGGCGGGAUUCCUACUGAAGCAGCAAUUAGAGGGAAUCUUCUUGGGCGAGACCGCAAUUGAUGUGAUGCGAAGGGUCCCGGUGGUUGUUACCGGGGACAUCGUUCCGGGAAGAGUGGUCGAGAGCACUUGGGCGGGGAGGCUUAGAAAGUUGGACCGGGUACUCGGUAAGGGUCGGGGCGGGCGGUGGUGGCACUGGCUGUUGCCUCGGUGGCCUCGAACCGGGCAAUUUUCGGAACACAAGAAGGCCGGGUGAGGUGUCUGUCACCCGUUUAAAAUCUUAGCAUUCACGGCUCGUUUUGCAACAGAAAUACUGUGUAUUUCGUCCACUUAUAGUGAUCGACAUUCAUCUGGUUGAUUGGCUAUUCUGUUG